AUGCAUCAGAUUUAUUAUUAUGCUAUCAAGGGAAAGGAUGAGAAUGGCAAUGAUGUCUAUCUUAUUCCAUGUCCUGCUGGUACAACAAAUGUCAAACUUCAAGCCGGCUGGCACUAUGCUAGUGAAAAUGAAGAUUUGCCUGAUCCUGCUACUGAAGCAGAUCGAGAUCUGCAGUUUAUUCAAAGCCGCAGAAGAGAAAGAGAUCCAUUUGGGUUGUACGAUCAUGUCAUCAUGGACAGUGGUUGUACAAACACCACCAAUUGUAAUGGUGAGCUCAUGCACGGACUCCGUCAUGCUGAGAAGGAGCUUGAUAUGCACACUAACGUGGGCAGCAGAGUUCUCAACGAAGAAGGUUUUCUAGGAAGAUUUCCGCCUCCAGUUUAUCACGAUGAAGAUGGAAUUGCCAAUGUACUUGCUAUGCUUAAGAUGAUUGCUGCGGGAUACCGCAUUACUAUGGAUACUGAUCCUGACAAUGCCUUUAUUGUACAUUGUGAUGGAAACAGAAAGAUGCAAUUUGUGAAUUAAUUGAUAUGCUGGACUCAAGAUGACCUCCAAGAUGGCAACUGUUCAAAAGAACAAGGAAGGAUUCACUCCAAGACGAGUCAAGGCUGCGAUGGAAGCAAGAAGUACUCAAUGCUCCAAGCACCAAAAAACCUGAAGACUGACCCUGUAUUUGAAGCACUGGAUAAGAUUCUCCGCCGCUACAACAAGGCAGGCUUUCAAGUCAAGACAAUCAAGUGUGAUCGGGCUUUCAUUCCUCUCACGGAUGAUAUGAUUGACCCAACUGCAGCUGGAGACCACAAGCCUACCGCUGAGCAAAACAAUCGGACGCUGAAAGAAAGAGUCAGAGUAGCUCUUGCACGAUUACCCUACAACGUGGUCCCAACGGUGAUCACUGAAUGUCUUGGACGUCAAGCCGCCGAGCUAUUGAAUGUCUUUCCCCAGAAAGACAGUAUCUCAUCAUCUUUCAGUCCGCAGCAACUCAUUGAUAAUGUCAAUAUCAACUACAAGAGUGACAUGGUUGCUGAUUUUGGACAAUAUGUUCAUGCAAUUGGGACGGAUUCCAGCAAUUUGAUGGAACACCAAAGUAUCAAAGCGAUUUACAUUGAACCUACAAAGGGACAAUGUACUGGGCACCAAGUGCUCAACCUCAACACUAAGAAGAUGAUUUCCUGA